AUGGCAAUCUUCCAAGGCAUCUCCCUCCACAUGACGGUCUACAUUGACCCCGCGAAUCUUCCUACAUUCUGGAAAGCUUUCAAGCCAGUAUACGAGCAUGUCAUCGCAGAGCCUGAAUGCACGUUCUUCGAGGUCUAUCAAGACCCUGAGAAUCCGGGGACAAUCACAUGGGUGGAAAACUGGUCAAAACCAAUGGAAUGGAUCUUUGAGGUCCAAGCCAAAAAGCCAUACUAUAAGGAUUAUUUUGCGACAACGGAGCCGUUGUACCUCAAGCCCCGAGAGGUCAAGGUGCUGAAUCGUGUUGGAGCGCCGUAUGUUGCAGUUAAAACGGAGAAUGGGGGGUUAUAA